UCCAUUUCUGUUCACUUUGAUAACUUCGCAUGCGGUUUCUUAAUUAGCUCAAUUUUCAUUUUUUUCAUGUAAUUUAGGGUGUGUUUGGAUAAACUUUGAAAAAUAUUUUUUGGAUAAAAGUUAGCUUUUCUAGCUUAUGAGAAAGCUCUAAAAUAGUUUUUUUUUUUUCUUUUGAAAAAGUAUACAAUAUAUAUUUGUAUGCUUCUGUUUUCUUCAUAAACGUGUAUUUGUGUGUGAAUAUAAAUGAGAAAAAAAGAGUAAACGGAUGCUCAGUGAAAUUGUAGGAUAAGAUUAAAAAGAACAUGAGAUGGAUCGUGAAGAAUAUUCGGGGAAAUGUUCCAAUAUGAAAUGCCAAAGGGUUCAGGUGGAUGAAUCAUUUGUACCUGCUCUUAAGGAUGAAGUAAUGGAAGUUGAGCAUUUACUUGCAGAACCUAGAAAUGAUCAUGUUUCAGUGGAUAGUAUGUUGUAUUUUAAUGAGGAGAAUGUAGAGAAAUGUUAUGACGCCGAAAGUCUUUCUUGUGGAUUUGAAUUUGGUUUAAAAUCAAGUAUUGGCGGUUUGGAUUCUCAUACAACUUUGAAUGGCAAGGAUGAUUUGGAACUGGAGGUACUUGAUGGAUUGCUAGAUGAUGUCGAAAUCCAUGAUUUUGAAGGAACUGAUGGAUUCUCCGUCGCAUGUGAUGAGUACUUGGAUUUUGAAUUUUCCAACAAAGCUGGGUACUUCUUGGAUUUUGAAUUUUCCAACAAAGCUGAGGUACUAGGCUCUGGUCCUUGUGACAGUUCACUUUUGCAAAACUCAAGUUCAGAAAGUCAUUCUUCAGGAUUAAGUGGAAGUAGUAUUGUUGGUGGGGUAUCAGAAUCAACAAAAGUGCCCAUUGCACAAUCCAAUUGCAAAAGUGAUUCUCUAGAUGAGACAGUAACGUAUGAGUCACAUGGUGCCUUCAGGAGCAAUCCAAGUCAACCAUCGAAUGUAGAUUGCCUGUACAACAUUUCACUUGAUAUACAGCAUCUGCAUGGGUUGGAUAACGAUCACCAUUUUGCUGGUGGUAUAUUGUCUUAUGAGAAGGGUUCUGUUGAAAAAUGCCAACCUGCUGCACUUAGAGAGAAGAGAUUCCGAAAGCCUACUCAGAGGUAUAUUGAAGAAUCUUCAAAUUUGAAGUCAAAGGAAAAGGUAGCAACUGCUGUUACAAAAAAUAAACAUAUGAGCGUGUCGUCAUGUGAUGAACUUCGUAUAAGACUUAAGGCAUUGAAAAAGAUUCCAGGUGAGAAGUCUAGUAAUGGAAAUAGUGAUGUGACGCUUUCUGAGUUGCAAGUUUGCAAGGGGCAUCCUAAGAAAGAGAAAGUUGAGUAUGACAAUGAGUCAUUCUCCUCGGAGUCUGAGGAUGAAUGUUUGACACCAAAAAGAUCUAGAAAGAAAGAUCGGAGAAAGCAUCAGAGGAUGUGGAAUCUCUCUGAAGUGAUGAAGCUGGUAGAUGGUGUAUCUGAAUAUGGAGUUGGUCGAUGGACUGAUAUAAAGAGGUUUUUGUUUUCUUCCUCGAGCUACCGAACUCCCAUAGAUCUCAGGGACAAGUGGCGUAAUCUAUUAAGAGCCAGUUCUGCACAGAAAUUCAACAAGAAAGAGGCUGAGCAAAAUGACGAGCUUGCAUUACGUCCCUUACCAUUGGAUGUGGCAUGCCGUGUGCGUGAAUUGGCUAAAAUUCACCCAUACCCAAGGCAGCGUGGCUCAAAGAAAUUGUGUGUUAGCCAAGUUGGCUCUUCUGCCAUUGUUAGUCAAAGUAAAGAUUCUCCUCCCAUUAGUCUUAGCAAAAGAAAUGUACGUAGGAAUAAGUUUACUUUAAAGUAAAACUCCGUGUGUAAUAGUUCAGUGAAUCCAUAGUCAAAAGAAUCUUGUUGAAUAUUAGCUAUAUAACAUUUGCACAAUUUUAUACUUUCUAGUGUUUUCUGCUUUUGUAUCUACAAAGGCAGAGAAAUUUUGUACUUUAAAACUUGAGGAGUUAUUAGUUGGCCUACAUUAGUUUGCGAUUCUUAAUGCCUAACCCCUUAAAUAGUAU